CUCAAAUACACAUUUCCCCCUUACCUCCAUCCACUUCACAUCCACAAUUGCAAACAUAAUUCCGGCCAAGAGCCAAGCACAACUAUUACGAAUGAACUGACUCAAAGCUCGCCCCCGUGACCAGUCGCAAACAUUCCGAGGGCAAACAUUAUUCUCAAACCUUGAAACAGAACUUAGAUCUAUCCCUUCAGCCACCUCGUGGUUGAAUCAUGUCGCAGCAGCAGUCCACAAGCAGCAACGGGGCCAUCGCGCCCCGCGCGCCUGCCGGCCUCAGCGCCAGAUCACUGCGCAGCACAUUCUUCGUCAGCAACGUGCACUGCUCGUCGUGCGUGGCCUACAUCGAUGAAGUGUUAUCCGAGAUCGCGGGCGUGAUCCAGGUCGAUGUGUCCGUCCUCACGCACGAAGUUCGCGUUAUGCAUACCGCGGGCGUGGAGCCAUCCGACCUGGUCAGAGCGCUGAUCGACGCCUCCUUCGACGUGCAUCAUGUUACCAGCUACGAGCCCAAGGGCUCCGUGGUCGCGGACUUCGAUACCACCGCGUGGCUGCCCCGCGACUCGAUCUUCUCUGCCGGCCAGCCCGGCGCCCACGCCCCGCCGGCCCCGGGCAAUAAUCGACACAUCGAGAAUUGUGAUGCCUGCAGGCAGGAAGAGUCGGAGAGUCUGGCGGCUGGGCUUGAUCUGGCGGACGGGGAUCGGCGUUAUCAGUCUGCCCCGGGUGCGGGCAGCUGUCCGUUGGACGACAAGAGCGCUGGACGCGUGUCUCAGCAUCGAGUGUCUGGGAGUCUCACAGGAAACGUAGCGUCGCAGACAUCGUCGGUAGCAGACAGCUCGUUACAGGCGCCAGAAGAGAGGUUUAGUGCGCGUGUGAGCAUUGGCGGCAUGAGCUGUGCUUCGUGCGCCAACAGCAUCACUAAUGAAGUCAAGCAGCUUGACUUCGUGGAGGACAUUACGGUCAAUUUACUCACGAAUAGUGCGGUGGUGGUCUUCGUCGGCCCGCGGGCAAAUGCCGAGAAGAUCGCCGAGCAGAUCGAGGACAUCGGCUUCGAGGCUUCUCUGGAUGAGGUUCAAAGCCUUACUGUCGCACCGAGACGCAAGGAGCCUACGCCAACUUACAUUGCAGAGGUCGCCAUCAGCGGCAUGACGUGUGGGUCUUGCUCCGGCGCGAUCACUCGCGGGCUGGAAGAACUGCCCUUUGUGGUAGAAGUAUCCAUAAACCUAUUGACGCACAGUGGAAGAAUCGAGUUUGAGGAUCGCAAGAACAUCGACGCUGUCGUGGAGAAGAUCGAGGACCUAGGGUAUGAUGCUUCGGUCAACAGUGUUGCUCCGAAUGGCGCAUGCCAAGAGAGCGAGAUCGUCGAAGAACGAACAGUCUCAGUGCAUGUGGAUGGCAUGUUCUGUCACCAUUGCCCGGAAAAGGUCUUCAAUUCACUUCAGGAGCUGUCGGAUGUCAAGGUGGACGGGGCCCUCUCCGUCAACAACCCGAUUCUCACCGUGACAUAUACACCCAAACCACCGUCCCUUACCAUAAGAACUAUACUACAGGCGAUCGGGCAGUCGCACGAGUCGUUCACAGCCACGGUCUACCACCCCCCCAGUGUGGAAGAUCGCUCUCGGGCGAUGCAACGCCAUGAACGACGGCGUCUCCUUACUCGGUUCACCUUUGUCCUGAUAGUGGCGAUCCCCACGUUUUUGCUCGGGAUCGUGUUCAUGACCCUUGUCUCAUCCGAUAACCCGACUCGGAAAUAUCUCGAAGAGCCAAUGUGGGCAGGCGAUGCAUCGCGCCUCGAAUGGGCGCUCUUUAUCAUGACCACGCCGGUCAUGUUCUAUGGCGCCGACAUCUUCCACGUGCGAGCCAUGAAAGAGAUACACUCACUCUGGCGUCCUGGGAGUCGUGUACCAAUCUUGCGCCGAUUCUACCGCUUUGGCAGCAUGAACCUUCUGAUCUCUGCUGGAACCACGGUGGCGUAUGUCUCAUCCCUGGCCGUGCUUAUCAUGGAUGCGUCCAUGGGGUCUUCGUCCAGCACGCAUAGCUCGACCUACUUCGACACGGUGGUGUUCCUCACCAUGUUCAUCCUGGCUGGGCGGUUCAUGGAGGCAUACAGCAAGGCCAAGACAGGAGAUGCGGUGGCGUCCCUCGGAAAGCUGCGGCCAAGCGAGGCCUUGCUGAAGGUCCAUGAAAGCACCCAGGCAGGCGCACCAGCGGAGAACAACCCCGAGGCCGGCAGCUACCAACGGACCAGUGUUGAUAUGCUGGAGAUCGGGGAUGUGGUCAGCAUUCCUCACGGCGCCUCGCCCCCCGCGGACGGAGUAGUAGUUGGUACCGGCUCCUACCAGUUCGACGAAAGUUCAUUGACUGGAGAAUCCAAGCCCGUACACAAGUCAGCGGGCGACCCAGUGUAUACUGGCUCCGUCAACGUCGGACAGCCCGUGGAUGUCCAGGUCACUGCCCUGGGAAGCUCGUCAAUGCUGGAUCAGAUCAUCUCGGUCGUACGAGAGGGUCAGAGCAGACGCGCACCGCUCGAGAGGGUGGCCGACCUGCUGACCUCCCACUUCGUCCCGAUUAUCACCCUGAUCGCCAUUCUCACCUUCAUCAUCUGGCUCUCCCUCGGUCUGUCCGGAGCGCUUCCGCAAGACUACCUGGACGUCAGCCAGGGUGGCUGGACGUUCUGGAGCUUGGAAUUCGCCAUCGCUGUGUUUGUCGUCGCGUGUCCGUGCGGUCUCGCCCUCGCCGCGCCGACUGCGCUCUUCGUCGGCGGCGGCCUGGCUGCUCGGCAGGGUAUAUUGGUAAAAGGCGGCGGUGAGGCCUUCCAAGAGGCGAGUCGUCUCGACGCGAUCGUGUUCGACAAGACCGGUACCCUCACUGAGGGAGGCAGCCUGCAGGUUUCAGACCAUGACGAGCUCAUCGCCGACGCCGACCUGCUCUCCAUCGCCUGGACAGUCACGCGCAAGCUAGAAGAGAGCAGCAACCACCCGAUCGCACGGGCCAUCACGGAGUUCUGCCGCGAGAAGCCAUCGACGCAAACGCAAGUCUCCAGCAUCGACAUCGAGGAACGAACUGGGCAGGGCAUGAAAGGCACCUUCAGGAUGACCACGUCCACCAACCCCGGCGAUCAGCAACAAUACGAAGCCGCCAUCGGCAACCAACGGCUCCUCCACGCCCUAACCAACACGACGCCCACGACCGAAGACCCCGACCUCACCCAGCGUCUCACCAAGCACCAAACAGCCGGCAAAUCCACAGCGAUCCUCCUCCUCCGCCGCAUCACCGGGCCCUCGAACCCCCCAGCCCCAUUCACUCCAGCCCUCAUCUUCGCCAUCAGCGACACCAUCCGCCCAUCCGCAGUGCCCGUCCUCGCCGACCUCCGCCGCCAAAAAGUCAGCAUCUACAUGUGCACCGGCGACAACCGGACCACCGCACUAGCAGUAGCCGACCAACUGGGCAUCCCGCACGACCACGUACAAGCGAACGUAACACCAGCCGGCAAAGCCGAAUUCAUCCGCGCAAUCCAGUCCCCACCCUCCGACCUCGAAAGCCAGGCCUCGGGGCCCCGCAAAAUCGUCGCCUUCGUAGGCGACGGCAUCAACGACUCACCCGCACUCGCAGCCGCAGACGUAAGCAUCGCGCUGGCCAGCGGCUCCGACGUGGCGCUGAACUCAGCAAGCUUCAUCCUCCUGCACUCGGAGCUGCACGCGAUCCAGCAGCUCGUGGCACUCAGCCGCCGGGUGUUCCGCCGCGUGAAGUGGAACUUCGCCUGGGCGCUGGUCUACAACGUCUGUCUUGUGCCCGUCGCCGCCGGCGUGUUCUACCCGAUAGUCAGUGGCCAUACGCGCGCCGGCACGCCGACGCACUGGCGGUUUAGUCCUGUUUGGGCUUCGUUGGCUAUGGCGCUGAGUAGUAUUUCGGUUGUGCUUAGCAGUCUUGCUCUCGCUUUUAGGUUGCCGGGGGAGAACCCCCGGACCCCCCUUUCUUUCAGCUUCCUGAGGUAG